CCCUGGAAGAAACGCGGUGCUGGAAGAAGCAGUGGAACCAGGAGAGGAUGUUCAAAGGCACAGGAACUCCUGACAAAAAUGGCAUGUGUCUCCACAAGGUGGAAACGAAUUACGCAAGAUCCUUCACUGUGGAAGACUGUGGUUAUUGAUUGGAGUGCUGGACCCAAAAUGGAAUACCUGCUCGAAAAAGCUGUUAUGCUGGAGAAGCUGCAUGUCAAUCUCGGUUCAGUUGAUUGGAACCUCAUUGCAAGGUUCUCCGAGCAAUUCGUGCAUUUGAGAGAGUUGUGUGUUCCGCUUUCAGCACUAGCAGACCCUGGAAUAUCUGUCAUAAUAAAGAAGUGCCGACGCAUCGAAGAGAUGACUUUACAUGGCCGCGGAACUUUGCUCGUGAAAGACGUCGACGUCCUGAGUAAUAUUUGCGCGUUGAAAACCCUGACACUCGACGACAGCAUCCGCGUCAACGACGACGUGCUCUCCGCACUGUGUGCUUGCAGCUGCAAGUUGGAAGGUCUCAACUUCAGCGCAGUGCUUAUAACUUGGAACGCAACAUGGCACCACUUUGGAAAACUCCAUUCGCUGAGAUCUCUCGCUGUGAAACACAUUUCAACGACGGCACUGAAAACCGUGUCCAAGAAUUGUCCUGCCCUAGAGGUCCUAAAGGUUGACACUAUCCUAGAAGAUUCGCCGUCAGUGAUGGAUGCACUUUCAUCUAUGAAGAAGCUAAAAACGUUGUUUGUCGUUGGUAACUGCGGAGGAGGAUGGUUUGAAACUGAUCAUAAUUUGCCUCCGCUACUCGAAGCGUUUCACGUCCCUCGCUUAAAGCCUAACGAAUGCCACAUGUUAAAGCUGGCUAACGACUGCAGGAAGACGCUACGUCGCAUCACAAUCUCGGGGACCCUGCUCACGGAAACGUCUCUUCUGCACGUGCUGGUGCUGAGCAACCUGGAGACAAUCAGGAUAGAUGAUGUGGCAAAUGGUGUGGCCCUGCUCCGCAUUGUUCCGCGGCUUCCGCAGCUUCGGACGUUAGAAGCGAGCACGAAAAGUGACAUGGCGGACAUUGUACGAGGACUGUGCUCCGUCGUGAACGUCACCGAUCGCUCCGAGCACGGCCAGACCCUGCUGACCGUGAACAUGCUUUGUGCUUCGCAAGAAAGCCAGGACAGGAUGCUUCGAGAGCUUUACAGAUUCAAAGAAUAUCUGCUUCUAAAUACACGACUCUCGCUGAAGUACGUGAGGGAAUUUGAUGAGAAAUGGUGGCAACUAAAGGAUAGCAAAUUGUACUGGCUUCCCUGUGGAAACAGAGUUCUUCGUACCAUAGGUAUACGCUUCCCUGUUGUCGGGCAGAAGCUGAGACGUUUGACAUUGACUGUAGACAGUAGUUAAUCAAUAUGUGCCCCAUGAAUAUCAUAUAGGAGUGUAAUAGAAGUGUAGUAGAGGUAAUGUAAUAUAGCAGAAUACAUGCAAACAAAAACUGUGACCAGCAAGAAAUUUGUAUAUCUGGAAAACUGGUAUGCUGAAGAACACUGACUAAAGGACAAGUGAGACUGGACACAUUGCUGACUUGCAGGUAACAAAGCUUUAUGUACAGACAUAUCUUUAUAUAAUGACAAUGAUUCCUGUAAAGAAUCUUUUAGGUUGGUCUUGUGAC